AUGGAUGCUAAUGGUAACGGGAAACGACGUUUCAAUAAAAUUGGUGAUUUGUACAGCCGUCAAAGACAAGAUUCGGAGAGUGGUCCAGAAUGUCCUGACUUGGAUUUCAACUAUGAUGAUGCUGAUUCUCUUAUAAAUGAAUUAGCAGAGUUGUAUAGUUACACAGAACAACCAGAAUUUCAACAAAAUGUGAAGGCCUUCGAAGAUCUGAUGAGGGACUACAAACUAAAUCCAUUCUGGUUGAAGUUUUCAGAGGAACAACGCAAGUCUAUAGUAAUGAAGUUGCUGGAUAUGUUAGAAAUAUCAAAUAAAACUUUGCGUAUGAAAGCAGCAAGAUGCAUAUUGUACUUAGCUCAGGGCUGCUGGGCAGAACUGCAGUCUGAUGCAGAGCAAUUGGAAUGGACUCGUAAAAACUGUAUGCUCUUGUAUGAAUGUGGAGUAUUUUGUGCUUUUAUAGAACUUUUAAAUAUUGAAAUCGAAAAUAGUACGGCUGCUUCAACUGCUCUACGGAAACUUGCUGUGAGUUUGGCUGAUUCAACAGACUUGCGAGUUGUUUUAAGUGUGAUUUAUGUUAUGAUAGAAGUCAUGCGUGUGCCCCAUGAUGAUGACACUGACAUGUACAAGACUCAUCGUGAUGCAUUCAAAAGUGAAUUAGGGAACCCUUUAGGAGAUGAGUUGCUGGUAGUGAAAUUGUUAGGUAUGGUCACACGCUUUUGUAGUGGUACUGCUCCUCAUUUUCCCAUGAAAAAAGUUCUCCUAGUUCUAUGGAAGACAAUUCUUGUGUCGUUGGGAGGAAUGGAUGUGUUACGUGAUUUAAAGAAGGAAUAUCGUGAAAAAGCAGGUCUUGGUAUAACACAAGAUACAAUGGAAGUGGCCCGUACUAUGCGAGCUUCGUCUCCACCAGCAAGUGCUGCUGACCUGUUAGAAGCUCAGAACCAGAAGCGUAACAGUAGGCCAUUUCGGAGAAGUUUGAUCAAGCAGAGUUCAAUGGAUGAGCCUAUUGAAUUUGAUGAGCCCCCUGAUCAGACAGAUGAGGAAGUGAGAGAUUUUGAAGAAAGACAGGCAUUGGAAGAAGCUGGUGAAGUUCCUCAACCCCCUAGCCCUCGGCCAAGUACACCUGUACCCACUAAAGGAAAGGGCUUACCAUGGGCUCCAAAGGCUCGCCAGAAAGACUUGGACCAGUUUUUAGAAAAUACAAGAGUGAAGUUUGUUGGGUUUCCAUUGCAAGGAGACAGAGUUUCUCUUGCUGGUCUUCCACAGCCUAUUCAUGAAGGUGUUGAAGUGUUAAAACAUAAUAUGUACACUUCACUUGCUGAAAUACAGAUACAGAAAGAAGAAGAUAUUGCUAGAAACCCUGUUUCUACUCCUGAAUUAAAUGUGCCUUUAACACCUACUGAAAUCUUAUACCAAGGCAUGCUUCCUACAUUACCACAAUAUAUGAUAGCAUUGUUGAAAAUAUUACUUGCAGCUGCCCCUACAUCAAAAGCCAAAACAGAUUCCAUUAAUAUUAUGGCUGAUGUCCUUCCCGAAGAAAUGCCUAUGACAGUUCUUCAAUCCAUGAAAUUGGGUAUUGAUGUCAACAGGCAUAAGGAAAUAAUUGUAAAAGCUGUGUCAGCUAUUUUAUUAUUACUCUUGAAACAUUUUAAAUUGAACCAUAUCUACCAGUUUGAAUUUAUGUCACAACAUUUGGUAUUUGCCAAUUGUAUUCCUCUUGUUCUCAAAUUUUUUAAUCAGAAUAUCAUGGCAUAUGUUGGUGCAAAGAACACAAUACCUAUUCUUGACUUUCCAUCAUGUGUAAUAGGAGAUCAACCAGAGUUGACUGCAGAAAGUUUGGAAAUUGGGGACAACCAACAGUAUUCUUGGCGCAACAUAUUUUCCUGUAUAAAUUUACUUAGAAUAUUAAACAAAUUGACAAAAUGGAAACAUUCUCGAAUAAUGAUGUUGGUAGUAUUCAAAUCAGCACCUAUAUUGAAGCGCACAUUAAAAGUACGCCACGCAAUGAUGCAGUUAUAUGUUUUGAAGCUUCUAAAAAUGCAAACAAAAUAUUUAGGGAGGCAGUGGAGAAAAUCUAAUAUGAAAACAAUGAGUGCUAUAUACCAGAAAGUCCGUCAUCGGUUGAAUGAUGACUGGGCUUAUGGCAAUGAUCUGGAUGCUCGACCUUGGGACUUUCAAGCAGAAGAAUGUGCUUUGAGAGCGUGUGUUGAUCGUUUUAAUAAUCGCCGUUACAGCAAGGAAGGUAACAAAGAUCCUGAAUUUGAACCUAUGGAUACUUGUAUUACCAGUGUUCUGGGACAACCAUUUGAACUGACAGAUUAUUUCAAGCAGCACUAUGAAGUUUGGCUACAACAGGAAGUUUUUGAGAGAUCAUUUGGUGACUUCUUCUCAUAA